AUGUUUAUAGUAUUAUUGUUAUUUUAAGGACCCUUAUUAUGUUCAACUUCAUUUUCCAAUUAUAAUGAAGCCAUAUUAUCAAAAAGUGCAGAAACUUAUGAAUAAGACAUAAAUAUGGAAAUUUUAGAUAAAGGAGAUUCAUAUGGAUUAGGAUUUUGGAGUAUGAGUAUUCCUUUACUCAUUCAUGAUUCUAACAUAGAUUUUGAUAAUCCAUACGAUUUUUUAAAAACUGAAUAUGGUUAGAUGUUAUUAUUGGUGAAAGAUAUUGAUACAAAUUCAAACAUUCUUCUAGUUUCUAAAUUGUUAGAUUAUGAAAACUUGAAGGUGCAACAUUAGAUAAGAAUAAUGAAUAAUGAUUAAAAUGUGAUUCUAUAAUAUGAAUUUCAAGGUUUAGAAUAUGAAGGAAUUUGGAUAUUUCAUUUAAUCUUAAUAUAACCAUCACUUAAAAUGAUCAUUGUUGAGGUUAGUGGAUAACCAUAGCAAUAAGUUCAAAUUUUAACCAAUAUACAAUAACAUUUAUUAAUCGUUUUAGGAGGGAGAGGAUAUGUAAAUAUAUUAAAAAUAUACAGAUAAAUGAUUUAAAUCUAAACACUUUCAAAGGUUUGUUGUCUCAUAUUAUAUUUUUACCAAACUUUUUUUAUUCUGAUGUUACUUUCUAAGAAACAGUUAAUGAUAACCAAAUUCCUCCAAAGCACAUAGAUGAACAAAUUGUAACUAUUGUACCCGGAUUUAAAAUAUUUGAUGGUGUUUAUGCUUAAUAAAAUUUUAUAGAGCAUUAUGGAAAUAAAUAUUGUUUAUCUGGGUGGGUAAAAUAUUUAGUUAAUGAUAUCAAUGAAUAAAAAUAUAUUUUAUUAAGAAUGACUCCCUUUUUAAAUUAUUAUUAAGAGAAGUAAUUAGGUGAUGAACUAUUUAAAAUAGAAGUUUUUUUAUCAAAAAAAAACCCUGAAUAAACAAAUAUGAUAAUAUACACAGAUGCUUAUAGUAUGCCUGUUUAAUAAUCCUUUUAAUAAUAGUUUGAUUAAACAUUCAAAGGAUCUCAAAAUACUAAUUAAGAUAUUUAUUAAUCAAAAAGAAUAUUUUAAAAUUUAAAUAAUCUUCAAUAUUUUGAGGGGCUACAGUAAUGGCAUUUUAUUUAAUAUGAAUAUGGAAGAAGUAAUUUUUAAGAGAGAAUGCUUUUUCAAGCUUAAUUUUAUAAUGAGAUAGGAUUAAUAAAGGAAGGUAUGGGAAAUGAGAUUUUUGAUGGAUCUUUUACAAGUAGUAAAUUUAAUAUAUUUUUUGGAAGUGAUAAUUUUAAUAAUAAUUUUUUAUAAGCUGAGAUAUUUGAUUUUCGUAUGAAAUAUAAUUAUAAUGAAGAUAAAGAAUUAGAUUUGAGUAUAAUUUAAAUAAUAUAAUUUAGAUUGCCAUUAUUCAUGUUUAACUUGUAAAGGUCCUUUAUAAAAUGAUUGUUUAAGUUGUGAUGAGAAUUCUCUUAGAUAUUUUUAAAGUGAAAAAUUUGAGUGUAAUUGUAAUUAAGGAUAUUUUGAAUUUGAAAUAGGAUUUUGUACAAAUUAGUUUAAUUAUGUUUUUAUAUUAAAUGAAGUGUGUGUAAAUAAUAUUGGAAUUUGUCCAUUUGGAUAUUUCAGAUUGCCAAUAGAUAGUGAUAAAUAUGAAUGUAAAUAAUGGUAAUCAAUAAUAUAAAAUUAUUUAGUCCAUAAUCUAUAACUUAAUAAAAUAUUCUUUGUGCUGAUUGUUUUUGGUAUUAUAAAACUUGGUAUUUGAAACCAACUUGUAAAUAUGAUUAUAAAAAGAUUUUACAUUAAUUAAAUAAUGAGGCUUAUUAAUUAGUCGAGAGAGAUCCUAUUUAUAAUGAUGUUUAUUCUAUUGGUUUAGAUAAUGAGUUAUUUUUACAUCCAGAAUUUGAAGAUUAUUGUGAUGGUGAAUUAAAAGUAGUGGAUAAUUGCUACAAAUAUAACUUUUAUCAUUUAGGUAGUUAUAAGUAUUUAUAAUGUAAAUCAAAUUAUAUAAUGGAUAUUGAUUCACGAUAAUGUUUUAAAAUGUAAUAUGAUUGUCCCAUAUAUGAUUCUUUUGGAUAUUGUUAUGCCUGUUAUUCAGGAUGGUAUUGAUAAAUUAAUAAUAAAAUAGUGUAUGAAGUGUAGGGUUAAUGCUAAAAUUGUCCAAUUGAAUGUUUAACAUGUGAAAAUGAUGGAUAUGAUUAACCAAUUUGUAAUUCAUGUAUUUAAUCUUACAGCUUAUUUGGUGGAUAUUGUUAAAAAUGUGGAAAAUUUUGUUAAAGUUGUUAGAUUUAUGAUGAUAAAUUUUUAGAUUAUUAAUAUUUAAAAUGUAAUAGAUGCAUAGAUGAUUCUAAAUAUUUUAUAUCAUUUGAUGCAUAGAACUGUUAAAUAAAUUCAAUUAUUAAUUGUAGUUAUGCAUUCUAAGUAAUAAAAAAUGAUUUCACUAAAAAUACUUUAGAUUUUAAUUUUUAACCACAAUUUGAUUAAAUAUUGACAUUAUGUGCAAAAUGUAAUUAAAAUUAUGUAUUCACUUUUGAAACUAAUGAAUGUAUUAAGGAUAACAUUACAUAAGAUUGUCAAAUAGGAAUUGGCCAACUCAAUCAAUUUGAUCAAUCCUUAGAUUCAGUAAUUUGUUUAAGUUCAUCCUUGUAUUAAAAUGAUGUUAUUCAAUUUACUAAGAAUUGUCUUAAUUUAAAUUGUUAAGUCUGUUUAUAAACAGAUAUUAUUAAUUUUUUUACUUGUUUAGAAUGUUAACAAGGGUAUUACAUAUAAAAACCAUCAGGUAAAUGUUUGUAAUGUCCAAAUGAGCUUAAAUGUAUGAAAUGCUAUUCUUAGAAUUCUUUAUAAAAGGAUAAAUGGAAAAAUUAAGUUAGAGCCUUUUAUAGAAGAUACAUAGAAAAAUUGAUACACAUUUAUAUACUAUUUUUGGUGAAAGCUAAAAUGCGAAUGAUUAUGAAAUUUUGUGUGAAACAUGCUUAGAUGGAUAUAAAUUACAUAAUUAAUAAUGUAUUCCAUAUUGUUAAGAAACUUGUUAAUUAUGUUUACUUUAUAAGAAUUAAUUUAUUUGUAUCUAAUGUUACUCUGAAUAAAAAGGAAAAAAAUUAACUUUAAUAAAUAAUUAAUGCAUUGAGUGUCCUGAUAAUUGUGCUCUUUGUAGAAUUAGAACAGAUUAAGAGAUCUCUUUAAUUAAUCCUCUUUUUUAAAAUUAGAAAUAUUUAAAAUAUACUUAUUAAUGCUUGAAGACUUUUGAAGAUUAAAAAUAUUAUUAUGAUGAAGAUUUAGGUUUAUUUAUAGAGUGUUUAUAAUUAGAAAGUAAUGGUGGUUGCUUUAAAUAAUUAAUAAUAGAAUUUAAUUUAUAUAGUGAUUAUCUUCAAUAUGAAACUGACCUUAAUUCAUUAGAAGAUGAAAAAGCUAGAUAAAAAUUCAAAAGGGAAAAUUUAUUAGUUAAUUCAUUUAUUAAUUCUAAUAUUACCUUAGCAGAAGUAUAUAUGAUGUAUUUUAUUAAUAGUUUUAAAAUGAAUAGUUUUACACAUUAGCAAAUUCAAAGGUUAUCAAGUCCCUAAUUAUUAAAAUGAAAAAUAAAGGCUCUCAGUUCAAUUUAUUAAUUGAUGGAAAAAUUAAAUAAACUUUUUCUGAAAACAUAUUUUCUCUCACGUAUUCUAAUUUUAUUAAUAUUUAGUAAUGUCGAAAUUUGAAUUUAAUUUUUAUCCCUCAACCAUCUUUAUUAUUCAUAGAAAAUUAGAAAUCAUAAACUUUAGUAAAAUCACUUUUUCAGGAUUAAAAAUUAUAGGAGCUCCUUUUUAAUAGCAAUUUGGAUUUUACUUUGAAAGUAUCUUCCCUUAAACUAUAAUUUUGGAUUAAAUUACAUUCUAAAUUGGUACAGAAGAAAGUUUAACAAUAGGUUUUCAAUUUAAUAUAAUUAAUUUGAAAUUCCUUUAAUUUACUAAUGGAAUUAUAGAUUUUUCCUCUAUUAAUCAGGCUGAAAGCUUUUUGAAAGCUGAGCCAACUUAAUAUCCUAAAUAACUGAUUUUUUAAAAUAUUAAAGUAAUUCAGUGUGUAAUUAAAAAUUCAAUCUUAUUUGAUUUAGAAUUAAAUUAAGGAGAUUUAAUUGAAUUCGACAACAUCACCAUAAAUUCUAAUUUUUCAAAUUCAAAAUUUAUAAGGGUGAGUCAAUAAAAUGAGUCUGGAGAGAUUAAAAUGACAAACUUUAAUAUUACUAGUAACAUUAAAGAUUCUGAAAGUUUUUUUAAUUUUUAAGGGAUAGCGAAAUUAAAUAUAAAUUAAUUUAUCAUGAGAUCUUCAAUUAUAACAAAUUCAACUAUAAUUUUAUUAAAUCGUUAGAGUAAUUUAGAAAAUAUUUCUUUCACCUUUAACUAUUUCUUCAAGUUUUCAUGUGGAAUUAUAAUUAGUGAUUAUAAAGAUUUAAUAAUUGUAUAAACAUUUUCAAAUGUUGAUUUUUCAAAUAAUCAGUAUGAUAGUCUAAUAAAGUUUAUAUACCUGAAAAAAUAUUAAAGUAAAACAUAAAAUGUUACAAUAAAUUAUUUAAAUUAGAUUAAUAAUUAUUUCAAAAGCGAUUAUUUUAAUUACAAUAGAAAAUAAAUAGAUUUUUCAUUAAUAACAAUUCAAUAUGAUGUAGUAGAAAUUUCUAAUUUUUUCAUUGAUCGUGGUAAUGGUUAAAAUGAUCUUUCUAUUUAUGAUUGUAAAAAAAUUAAGAUUCAUAAUGGAAUUGUUGAAUAAAAGAAAUUUAGAUUUUUUGGUCUACAUAAAUACUUAAAUUGUUAAUUAAAAUAAGUUUAAGAUUAAUAUUAUUCAGCAACAAUUAAUAUAAUUUCAUCUUAACAAACUGAAAUUUUAAAUGUAACCUUCUCUAAACUAAUAACUUAUAACUUUCCUAUAAUUUCAAUUAUUUCUGCUGAUUUAAAUAUUCUGAAUUAGAAAGAAGUUGUUAUUUUAAAUGAUUUAAUAUUUAAUUAAAACUUAGUUUUAAAAACUGAAAUACUAUUUCAAAUUGCUCUUAUAUCAAUUUAAUCAACUCAAUAUGGUAUAAUAUAAAUAGAGAAUAUUAAUUUAUUUGGUAAUAUUUUACAUGUUUAUAUAUAAAAAUGAUCACAUUGAAACAGCUGGAUUAUUAAUAUUUAAUUGUCCACUUUGUUAAAUUUAUUUGAAUAAUUAAUCAUUAUAAAAUAAUAUGGUAACAAACUGUAGUUCAAAUAUUAUUUAUAUUGAAGCUUAAACUUUAGAGAUAAUAAAUAGUUCAUUUAAUAAAAAUAAUAUUUUUGAUUAUUAGAUAUUCUAACCUCAUAUAUUAUGGGGUUUUACAACUGAAAUAUCACAAUAAUUUAUCAAAUCUGUUUUUUAAGUUAAAUCAUAAUCUGGAAUUGGACAAAUUACUGCUAAAUAAAUAACAUUUAUCAAUAAUAAUUUUUUUAAUUCUUAUGGGUCAUUAGGUGGAUGCUUUUCUAUCUUUCCUUAAGGUCUUUCUAAAAUUUCAAUAAUAAAUAACAAAUUUGAAGAUAUUUAAACAUAGUUUUAUAAAGAAAUUGAGUAUGGAGCAGGAAUUUAUAUUGAUGGUUCUUCAUCUGCUUAACUUUUAAUAAAUAUUAUAAAUAAUAGGUUUAAGAAUAUAUUUUGUAGAUAACUUGGAGGAUUUCUUUAUUUGAAAUCAAAUAUUUCUUAAACAAUCCUCAAUAUUUCAAAUCUUGAUUUAGAAAAUAUUUUUGCAUAAUAAGGAUCUGCUUUCUAUGUUGAAUAUUCAAAAUUUGUAGCAAAUUAACAUGUUUUUAGUUUAACGAAUUUAUAAGUAUCUAAUUCUUAUGAUGGAUACAUUUAAUUUUUAAAUAAGUUUAGUGAAAUACCUUCACAGCAAGAAUUAAAUUUUCUAACCAAUAGUAGAUCCUUAAUUUAUUUAGAAUAUGGAUCGCUGAUUUAAAUUUAAGAUAUUAAAAUUAAUAAUCUAAUUUUAGAAUCUUUCAUUUAAUUGAUAUCUAUUAAUCAAGCUUAUAUAACUGAUGUAUAUAUUAAAAAUUCUUUUAUCAAUAAUAAUCUGAUAAAAAUUACUCCAUUUUCAAGUAUUUAUAUAUUUAUAUUUAAAAUAGCUAAAUCUCUCUAAUUAAUUCUAAAUAAUCUAUAGUUUAUUAAUAUAACUUGGAUUUAAAUUUAAUAAUUUAACUUGUCAAAAUUAGGACAUCAAAAGUGA